CUCGGAGCGGCGGGUCCAGUCUCUACAGUUGCUGAUGGGGAGAGGAAAAAAUAGCCACUGUUCCGGUUCCCUAUGAGUUAACUGCUGCUGUCCAAAGGCAGGUGUAAUAUUUUCUGUGUAUUAAAGGUCUUCUCUGUUGGUUGAAAUGUCUAUGAUUUUAUCUGCUUCAGUCAUUCGUGUCAGAGAUGGACUGCCACUUUCUGCUUCUACUGAUUAUGAACAAAGCACAGGAAUGCAGGAGUGCAGAAAGUAUUUUAAAAUGCUCUCGAGGAAACUUGCUCAACUUCCUGAUAGAUGUACACUGAAAACUGGACAUUAUAACAUUAAUUUUAUUAGCUCUCUGGGAGUGAGCUACAUGAUGUUGUGCACUGACAAUUACCCAAAUGUUCUCGCCUUCUCUUUCCUGGAUGAGCUUCAGAAGGAGUUCAUUACUACUUAUAACAUGAUGAAGACAAAUACUGCUGUCAGACCAUACUGUUUCAUUGAAUUUGAUAACUUCAUUCAGAGGACCAAGCAACGAUAUAAUAAUCCCAGGUCUCUUUCAACCAAGAUAAAUCUUUCUGACAUGCAGACGGAAAUCAAGCUGAGACCUCCUUAUCAAAUUUCCAUGUGCGAACUGGGGUCAGCCAAUGGAGUCACAUCAGCAUUUUCUGUUGACUGUAAAGGUGCUGGUAAGAUUUCUUCUGCUCACCAGCGACUGGAACCAGCAACUCUGUCAGGGAUUGUAGGAUUUAUCCUUAGUCUUUUAUGUGGAGCUCUGAAUUUAAUUCGAGGCUUUCAUGCUAUAGAAAGUCUCCUGCAGAGUGAUGGUGAUGAUUUUAAUUACAUCAUUGCAUUUUUCCUUGGAACAGCAGCCUGCCUUUACCAGUGUUAUUUACUUGUCUACUACACCGGCUGGAGGAAUGUCAAAUCUUUUUUGACUUUUGGCUUAAUAUGUCUAUGCAACAUGUAUCUCUAUGAACUGCGCAACCUCUGGCAGCUUUUCUUUCAUGUGACUGUGGGAGCAUUUGUUACACUACAGAUCUGGCUAAGGCAAGCCCAGGGCAAGGCUCCCGAUUAUGAUGUCUGACACCAUUCUUCAGAUCUAUUGCCUUGGCUUCAGGGAGAAAAGGAGGGAACAUAUCAUAACUGCCACUGUGAUGAAGAAGCUGUUCCCCACAAAGGAGAAGCUCUGCUUUCUUUCUCUCGAACUUUCCUUUUUUAAAAUCAGCAUGGUGUGCCUGUGAGCAUGGAAGACCUUCUAGGAAAAGUCCUCUCAGAAGAAUGCUGGCCAUGAGAUUAUCAUUCAGAGGAGAAGAUUUCUCUCUUCAAGGCCGUAACAGUGGAAGAAUAGUCAUAUGCCAUUGGAAGACUUGGCCAGCCGUCCUGAAUCCUUCCUGAAGAGUUCAGAAAAUAGAUGUGGUAUUGCUCUGAGGACCAGGCAGGAGGAACUCUACAAUCUGAGUUUGCCUUUGUGAGGCAUUAGUAUAGACCAAAUAAAAAGCUGCAGAAAUUGGAAAGUUUAUGUUUUAAAUAAAUGACUGUGAUAAAUAUCA